CUGGGCCGAAAUCUAUUCUGAUUUCCGAACUUGAACUACCCAAUACCUGCCGCUUUCCCUUUUUCUCUAGAGAACAGCGCAGCGACAGUCUUCAUCGGUUCCUUCCUCCCCCUGCCCCACACAGCAGCGCCGGCGCGGCUGCUUCCCCUCCGUCCUCGACAGCUCCUGCUUCACAGGCGCAGCCACACAAAACGCACCGCCUCCUCUCUCCCUUCUUCCCCUUCGCCGCCAGCGGCAUCGCCCGCCGACUGCGCUGCGCCUCGGCCUCCCCUCGUCGCCGCAACGCCACCCCGCCACCCCUAUUGCUUAAUAGUUCGCUUACUCAUCAAGCAUUUUCUGAUUUUUGUAUAUACGAAGCAGUCGAUCCCUCACUGAUUGAAUUUUGGAAAAAGAAAAAGGAACCGACCGAAACCGAUCGGUUUUGGCCGGUUCGGUUUAGGUUGGUUUUUCAGUUUGAUUCAGUUGGUUCGGUGCCUGUUUCUAUCGGUUCGGUUUCGGUUUCGGUUUUCUUAAAUUAGUGUCGAUCGAUUCGGUUUUGAACAGAUGCAUAUGCCUAUUCUCCACACAGCAAAACCCAAGGGAAAAUAGUCGAAGAAUUCUGUUCAUUGUUCGAAUGGGGAAAAAUUAACAAACCGAUAGUACGUAAUGCGAUUAACGCAUCAUUGUCGAAUAGGAUUUUCAUCAAUCUUAUCGCAAGAUUCAUGGUCUCAUAGCCGGUUUCUCUAUUCAGCCAAACAAUCGUAUGAUUUUCAUUAUACGGAGGAGGUCUUGGCGUCCCAUAUCGCGCCGCUUCUAGAACAUAAGAAUUCCUCUCAUUCUCUUCAACUAACGCAGCAAAUACACGCCCAAUUUACAGUUAAUGGGCUCCUCAACAAGGGUAUUCUGGGGACGAGGAUUCUGGGCGUGUACAUCACGUGCAACAAUUAUUUCGAUGCUAAGAAACUAUUUUGGCAGCUUAAUCUGCGCUAUGCGUCCCCUUGGAAUUGGAUGAUUAGAGGGUUUACGCAGAUGGGUCGUUAUGAUUAUGGGGUAUUGUUUUAUUUCAAGAUGCUCAGUUACGGUACCAAUCCUGAUAAAUACACUUUCCCUUAUCUGAUUAAAGCUUGCGGUGGUCUGCGUGCUGUUGAUUUAGUGAAAUAUGUUCAUGGGAUGAUAAAAGAUUUGGGAUUUGAGCUGGAUGUCUAUGUGGGUAGUGCUUUGGUCAACUUCUAUACUGAGAAUGAUUGUUUGGAUAAUGCGCGGAACGUGUUUGAUAAAUUGCCUCAAAGGGAUGUUGUGUUGUGGAAUGGGAUGCUUAAUGGUUAUUUGAAAUUCGAAGGUCUUGAAGGUAAUUUGAUUGGCUUGUUUGAGCAAAUGAGGAAAGGUGAAGUGGAGCCCAAUGCUGUGACUUAUACUUGUAUUCUCAAACUAUGUGGCUUGAAAUCAAUGUUGAAGUUGGGAGCUCAGGUUCAUGGUUUGGUCAUGAGGUGUGGCUUGGAUAUGCAGCCUUCAGUAGCCAACACCUUGGUCGCGUUGUAUGCAAAGUGCUGUUGCCUUUCUGAUGCGCGGAAGCUGUUUGAGCUCGUUGAGCAAGCUAAUCUUGUCACCUGGAACACUAUGAUUGGUGGGUUUGUUCAGAACGGCUUCAUGAACGAGGCUCUGGAUUUGUUUCGAGGAUUGAUGUGCUCAGAUGUCAAACCAGACUCAGUAACUUUUGCAAGCUUGCUCCCUUUGGUUCCUGAAUUAAACCAUCUGAAUCUGGGGAAGGAAAUUCACUGCUACAUUGUCAGAAACGCGGUCUGUGUUGAUUUGUUCUUGACGAAUGCUCUUAUAGAUAUGUAUUUCAAGUGCAAAGAUGCGGAUAUGGCGCGCAAGGUCUUUGAACAGAGCUCCGCUAUGGACAUUGUCAUCUGCACUGCAAUGAUCUCAGGGCUUGCUCUCAAUGGGAUGAACGGUGAUGCUUUGGAAAUUUUCCGAUGCUUGGUUAGUAAGAAGAUGGCGCCCAAUGCUGUCACGUUUGCAAGCACUCUACCGGCUUGUGCAGGCUUGACAGCCUUGGCAUUAGGUAAAGAGCUGCACGGUAACAUUAUUAGGAGAGGGCUCGAAGGAAGGUGUUACAUUGGAAGCGCGUUAACUGACAUGUAUGCUAAAUGUGGAAGGCUAGAUCUUGGGCAUCGAGUGUUUGUUAGGACCCAAGAACGCGAUUCUGUCUGUUGGAACUCGAUUAUCAUGAACUGCAGCCAGAAUGGGAAACCGGAAGUGGCCAUGGAGAUUUUCCGCGACAUGGGAUUGGAAGGAGCCAGUUACGACUGUGUCAGCAUAUCAGCAGCGCUCUCUGCUUGUGCAAGUUUGUCGUCUCUGCGCCAUGGGAAAGAGCUGCAUGGUUUCAUGGUGAGAGGUGGAUUUGACUUGGAUCUCUUUGCUAGUAGUGCGUUGAUAGAUGUGUAUGCUAAAUGUGGCAACUUGGAGUUGGCGCAGCGUGUUUUUGAUGUGAUGGAGUCGAGAAAUGAGGUGUCUUGGAACAGCAUCAUCGCUGCUUAUGGCAAUCACGGCCAUCUACACCAAUGCUUGGCCCUGUUCAAUGCAAUGGAAGGCGAGGGGUACGAGCCUGAUUCAGUGACGUUUCUUGCAAUAAUGUCUGCUUGUGGCCACACAGGGGAAGUUGAACAAGGCAAGCGCUACUUCAACUUGAUGAUCCAAGAAUACGAAAUCCCGGCAAGGAGGGAGCAUUACGCAUGCUUGAUUGAUAUGUUGGGCCGUGCAGGCCGUGUGGGGGAAGCCUUGAAAGUGAUGGGAGCCAUGCCUUUUAGUCCAGACGCGGGCGUGUGGGGAGCACUACUCGGUGCCUGCAGAAUCCAUGGCGAAGUUGAGCUGGCAGAAGUGGCCUCGGAGCAUCUUUUCCGGCUGGACCCACAGAACUCCGGCUACUACAUGCUGCUGUCGAAUUUACAUGCGGAUUCGGGAACAUGGGGCAGGGUUGAUGAGAUUCGCGGCAUCAUGAAAGAAAGAGGAGUGCAGAAAAUACCAGGUUACAGCUGGAUUCAAGUCAACAACUUCAACCAUGUGUUUGCAGCUGCAGAUAAGAAUCACCCACAUGCUAGUCAGAUUUAUUGCUUACUCGAUCAUCUUCUAGUGGAGCUCCAGGAUGAAGGAUAUUUUGUUCCAUUUUUGAAGUUUGAAUUGUAAAGAUUGUUUGAUCAUGAGUUAAGCUGAAGAAGUUUUUAUUGAUCUGCAGCUGCACUCAUGUUUUUUGUUCUCAAUUGGCAAUACUUGUUCCACAACAACAAUUUUAAAA